CCAUUGAAAAAACUUAAAAUAUGCCGCGCUAAGCUGUUUUUUUUUCUCUCUCUCUCUGUUUGGUGUUCACUGUUCACUUGAAGUGCUUCUUGCCGUGUUUUUCUUUUUUUGCUCAAGCUGCUGCUUCCUUUUUUCGUUAGAAAGGACCGCGUGUACGAUGGCAACAAAUGAUGCGCCGCGAAAUCUCAAGAAACUGUACAUGUACAAGGGACGACGUUUCUCAGUUCCACGUUCAACAAAACAUUACAGGACAAGGCGGCUUUGUGACAGCACUCUGAAUGCUACCAACUGUAUGACAACUGACAGCAACAGCCCGCAAAUGACAGAUCAGCCGGCUGAACCAAGCACCGACGUCCGAGGCACAGGAAAUUCUCUACCCGCUGGCCGUCAGAACUGUGAGUCUGAUGUGGACGACAGCGACUACGGUGCAGCAUUGCAAGGGCAGAGAAGAGAGGAAAUGCACGCAGGAGCUUAUUGUGACCCCAAUGAACUCGACGUCUCACAUGCUAUAGAUGACAAUGUUUUUACAUCGACGAACAGCCUGUCAGGAAUGAGCGCAGACGAUUACUGCUUGGAGAAUUAUACAGGACCCAUGCAGGUCACAAUGGACACGGAACAGCAAAGCAGUGGAUCCACAGGUGCACCAGGCGAUAUUGGGCACGAGGGGGAAGAUAGCCACCCCGAGAAAAGUGAAACGCCAGCUGAUGAAGAAAGCCUUCCUGCUUUCGAAGAGGCCGAAUUGUUGGCAGGAUGCCUGAGAGAGUUCGGUGAUGAAACCCUGCCGAAUUCGCCCACAACCAAAGCUGAGGCAAUUGCCAUGAUAAUGUCGUUUGCUGUAGGCCAUAGCCUUACAUGGACAUGUAUAGAAGACCUGCUGAAGCUUGUAAAUCUGCUGUUUGGAUCAGACGUGCUCCCAAGGACAAAAUACCUACUACGAAAGCUGUGGAAACCAAAGGAGGAAAAGUUUGUAAGGCAUCAUUAUUACUGUGAGGACUGCAGGACCCUGCUAGUACAGGAUGAAGAAACACCAUAUUUGGCUUGCACCACUUGUCCCAAGACCAGUGAAAUAUCAACCCUCAGGAGUUCAGGAAACUUUUUUAGCAUCCUCAACUUUCAUCAACAGCUGAAAUUUGUUAUAUCAAAAAACAAAACAGCACUUUACGAAAGCCUGAGAAAGACAAAUACUUCUGAUACUGCAACUGGUAUCACUGACGUAACAAAUGCGAAACUGUGCCAGAAGUUGAAACAGGAUGGUAUCAUCACAACAAAUGACCUAACUUUUACGUUUAACACGGAUGGAAGUCCAGUGUGGAAUUCAUCAAAGACAUCUGUAUGGCCAAUACAGUUCAUUGUCAACGAACUGCCACCUCAGCUGAGAUUCAAGAAUUGUGUGUUGGCUGGACUCUGGUUCGGCAAGUCACACCCCAACAUGACGUUGUUCUUGACAAAAUUUGUAGAGGAAGUAAACAACACCCCACCAGUUGUCUGGCAACACAAUUCUGAGGUGCUGUCGUCGCGUGUCUUCGGGGUGUGCUGCUGUGUCGACACACCUGCCCGUGCCAUGGUUCAAAACCACAUCUCAUUUAAUGGCUUCUUCCCUUGCACUUGGUGUCUCGUUUGUGGCGAGUACAUAGAAGGUAGCAUGAGAUUCCUCUCUGAUACUCCCGAUCAAGAACGAACAGAUUCAUUUGUGAGGCGGGAUAUGGCUCUUGCACUGGAGGUGGGCACAACUGUAAAUGGUGUGAAGGGCCCAUCACCACUGAUGAACUUGCCGUACUUCGACUUGGUUUGGGGCCAGACGGUCGAUUACAUGCAUUGUGUGCUGCUUGGGGUUACCAGGCAAAUCACAGAAUCGGUGCUGAACUUGUGUACUCCAUCGACCAUUGCAGCGGUUAACAGUCGAUUAGAAUCGAUAACACCACCCCACUGCUUCACGAGAUUGCCACGAUCAUUAAACGAAAGGGCAUACUGGAAAGCGAGCGAGUGGCGACAUUGGUUGCUCUUCUAUAGUCUACCUUGCAUGUUGGGCCUCGUACCAAUCAGUACAUGGCGGCACUUCAGGAAGCUUGUUGAGGCCACCCAGAUCCUUCUGUCAGUGGAGCUGACAGCAGUUCUGCUUCGUCGUGCUGAUGGCCUGCUUCGACUUUUUGUCUCACGCACAAGGGACCUCUAUGGCAACGCCAGUAUGACCUACAAUAUGCACCAACUCCUCCAUCUCGCCACUACAGCAGAGAAACUGGGGCCACUUUGGGCACAUUCGGCAUUUGUUUUUGAAGGUGGCAACGGUGCUCUUGUAAAAACUGUGACAGCAGCGAAAGGCGCCCCCUUUCAAGUUAUUGAACGCGUUGCCAUGGCACAGGAGCUUGAUAUUGUGCUGUCGAGCACAUCACUUUCACGCUCCGUUACUGACCUGUGUCACAGCAUGCUGGGAUACGAGCCUCUGAAGAGCUUUGAAUACAUCAAUGGUGCCUGUAUGCUCGGAGCAUCCAAAUUUGUGUGCAGCUUCUCCCCUGCAGAAAGCGCAGCCCUACAACAGCUGUAUGGCACUGCACCUUGCUCAGCUUUGGAAUUUUUCCGCUUCAUCUUGAAAGGACAAGUGUACCACAGCUUUGCAUACACAAGGGCAAACAAGACGGACAGUACAGUUUUAAAAGUGUCUCCUGGAAAUGAAUUCUUCAGAAUCCAAAGGGUUCUGAAAGUCACUGUAAACAAUGUUGAAAGAUGCGUGUUACUGUGCAAGGAGAUAAUCAUUCCUGAAGCAACGUUAGUGAGGUUUCCACUUCACAUCAAAGAGGCUGUUGUGUGCCCACUAGCCAGUCUCAAGGCAGUGGAAAUUGAUCAUGUUAUUGAACCAGUGCUCUUUAUUAAUUUCCCUUCUGAAGAAAGGUCUUAUGUAUGUGAGCUACCCAACACGAUUGAGCGGGACUAAGCAAACAGCAGCAUGUUUCAUGCUUGGUUUAUUUACUAUCAUAUCGCUCACUGUAGUACCGUAAUUUCACGCGUAUUAGCCGCGGCUUAUGCGUGAUUUUUUUUCUCACGGGCGCUCUGCAGCUUAUCCACCGGUGCGGCUUAUCUGAUUACUAUUUUUUCCUGGUAUUUUUCCCAUAUGCCGGUUUUAAUGAAAGGGCCGACAGUGUCUCUGGAACAGCACUGCCCUGCCGAUGCACGAACAGUUCGUAACAGGGACGGGUCCACAUUCGAGUACAUUGAUCUUCCUGGUGCAUUUCCCCAAGCAGCUUUAACGAAAGUUGUGACAGUGAUUCACGUCUUCUUGAAGACCACUGACCCAUCAAUCCAUGAAAAACUCCCAACAAGGGCACAAUCCGAUCUUGGUAGAACUCUAGAGCUGACCUUCUUUGCUGUACACUAUGCCGACCCUGUAGUAUGGACCACGAGGUUUAUGGCCUUCUCUAUGGUCUCCUUUGUCUCACAAAUCAGUCUUCUCGUAUUGCCCGUGGCUUAUCUGCCAGAAAAAUUUCAAAACGUUCCUAAAAACGUGUCCUGCGGCUUAUCUGCGGUGCGGCUUAUACACGUGAAAUUACGGUACAUAUGGCAAGCUUUCUUUUUUUUUUUUGCACGAUACAUAUGUUGUAGAUGUAGCUAUAACUUUCCACUUUGCAAAUUAACUGGAUACAGUGAAUCCCUUUAUUGCGGUCCAUUGAGUCACUUUGUAAAGUGUUAUUAGCCAAAUAAAUUAUGACAGUGUUAAUUGCAGAAACCCUGAGACAAGACAGAGGCCAAAAUGCAGGCAUCACAGCACAAAAGCCUGAACACACGACUUGUCUCCAGUCCUGUUGGGUUGUGUGUGUCCUGCCUUGUAUCAGAGUUUCUGCAUUUGUAAAUAAUCACCUCACCUGGCCCAUCUCUAUCAAUAAGAAAAUGCAAUAACACUUUGUAUGCUUGUGAUUGCAAUUUGUGUGGACCACCUGCAGCUUUUUGCUCAGAAGCCAUUAAAAUAUAGAAAAAUUAUAAUACUCCCCAUACAUCUGCCACGUCAGAACCUGACUA